GGAAGCGGUGUCGCUGUGCGCGGGCAGUUUAAAGCUGCGGGUGUGUUUUAUUAUGCUGUGUGUUCUGUAAAUGUGAUUAUGUUUUGGGAUGUUGAGCGUUCAGCAGAUGUGUGUGUGUUUAACUCGAGAGUGAAUCUGCAGCAGCGGAGACAACAUGUCAACAAAGAGUCUCGCGAAAGAGCUGGGUCUGAUCAGGAAGCGCAGCCACUCGUCUGGAGCUCAUCAGCGUCCGUCGGUCUGCAGGCAGCGCUUCUCUUUCCUGAUCGUCAUUGACUUCGAGUCCACGUGCUGGAGAGAGAAGAGCAGCUGGGGCCAGGAGAUCAUUGAGUUCCCGGCGGUGCUGCUGAACGUGUCGAGCGGAGCGGUGGAGUCAGAGUUUCACUCGUAUGUGCAGCCGCAGGAGCACCCUGUGUUAUCAGACUUCUGCACGGAGCUCACCGGCAUCACACAGGACCAGGUGGACUCCGCCCCUCCGCUCCACGUCUGUCUGUCCAGAUUCACUCGCUGGCUGCAGAGUCUCCAGCAGGAGAGGGGCGUGGCCUUCGAGACGGACCGUGCAGGCCCCGCCCCCGCCGGACAGCCCUGUGCGUUUGUCACAUGGUCAGACUGGGAUCUGGGAGUCUGUCUGCUGUAUGAGUGCAAACGGAAGCAGCUGAGCGUUCCUGAAGCUCUGAAGAGCUGGAUCGACCUGAGAGCAACUUACAGGCUCUUCUAUAACAGGAAGCCCAAAGGUUUGAGAGGAGCUCUGCUGGACCUCGGCAUCCAGUUCACAGGAAGAGAGCACUCAGGUCUGGUGGACGCGAGGAACACGGCUCUGCUGGCGCGCCGGAUGAUGUCUGACGGCUGUCUGCUGACCGUCACCAAGUCUCUGAGGAGGGCGCCGCUGAAGCCCAGACCUGUGUGUGUGAGCGUCUCCAGCGAGCGUCCCUCCGCGCAGCAGCAGACGAGUGUGUGUCGGUCGCUGGUGUCGCCCCGCACCGUCCUCUCCAGCACACACACACCGUCCAGACCGCCGGGGACCCUCAGCACACUCGCUGCGCUCUCAGACACCACCUACGACCCCGAGACCACAGACGCCUGCUGGAGGGACGGAGUGCUGCUCGCCGAGGAGGAGGAGCCGGGCUCCUGUGAUGACGUGCCUCUGGGGGCGGAGCCUGAGGAGACCGACCCCGGCGAAACCACCUCAGACCACUGCAAACCCAGCAGACCGGCCUCCAGCUCCUCAGGUCUGUUUAAAACACCCAAACCGCCCCGGCGCACAGACCCGUACGGGCCGCUCUCACGCUUCUUAGGACGCAGCGGCGCGGCGUUCAGCGUUUAUACAGACCCUCCCGCCGCGUCCCGCGCUGUCAGUCACUCGGCUAAGAUCACGUCUCCUCUGUGCGGCUGCGGGCGCAGGGCCCGGCGUCUGACGGUGGGGAACGGAGGGCCCAACCACGGCCGAGGGUUUUACUGCUGCCCCGUCAGACGCCAGGGCUGCGGCUUCUUCAAGUGGGAGUCUGGACUGAUCCAGUCCAGCACACAGAACCGCCUCAGAACACCACAGACCUGCGGCUCCAGACCCCUCCGCUGACCCCCGUCUGACUAACACACCUGUGGAAGAAUGGGCUAUUAUGAAGAUUUCCAUCCUUUAACCUUAACUUGGACAUUUCCACAUGCAUUCUUUCUGCUUUUGGGGAGAGGAUCAACAAAUAAGAGCGAAGUUCCUCGUGAGAGAUCUGAUUGUGAUGAUGACCUCAUGAAUUGUGUUUUAAAGAAACCUGUGAAAUAAUAUUUAUAAUAAAACACAGUUGAUGAAUAUUUAAUGAACUCUGUCAGGGACAUGAAAACAUAUACAUGUACGAGAAAUGAAUGCUUUCGGUCUCUAACUUUUAGAUAAAAAGGAAAUGUGUUCCAGAUUUUGGCACUGCGAAUGUACUAGUCAAAACUACAAUUAUUCAGACACUAGAUAUAAUUUUUGAUAUGUUUUACUAGCGGGUGCAGGACACUAUAGUUCAUUAAUGUAAGUGAGGAGAGCAAAAUAAAGUGAACUGACAUAUUACACCCAUAAAUUCUUCAUGCGGUGCACUACCAGUAAAACUGAUUAAAAACAAAUUGUGAUCAAAAAUGAUUCAGACACUUUGACCUGAGCAUGUUUUGCUGAAGUGUUUUUUCUUUAUUUGCUAAUGUGAUCUUUUUACACACAGACUGAACACAAUGAAGCAUUGCUUGGUAACUGGUUGAGCUAAAUUGGUUUCAUCUAAUUGUGUUCUUAAUUUAGCAGCUGACAGCUAUUCAACCGAAUUCAUUACAUACCUUUCUAUCAAAGUUAUUAUUAUCAAAAUGAAUUUGUUCUGACACAGUUUAACUCUGAGUUCUCGUCAUAUUUUAUUAUCAUUUUCUAAACUAUAGCAAAUAAACUGUGAUAAUGUGAGAAAUGUUGAAGGUGUCUGAAUAAAUUUUGGUUUGACUACAUAAUCUAUGAUACGUUUGCUACCAAUUUAC